ACACAAAAAUUCAGGAUCAAGGUGGCCCACUUCAAUUCCACAUCGAAGAUGACCUUGACUGUUACAAAAUUAGUCUCCCCAGCAGUCCUACCUCCUAAAGACCGACCAGCUGACAUGUCAGCUGUGCCUCCAGCCAGUGAGGUGGAUAUCUCACUGGUGACUGAAAGCAGUGGUGGAGGAUCUCCCUAUGCAAACAGUCUUCCUUCAUCUACUGAAGAGCAGCAGAAACCAAAGCGCCCCAGGCGUAAUGCUU